AUGCAAACCCUACUGGGUAUUAUCGAGUCUGGUGUGCCGGACAACCGCCAGGGGAUCCCAGAAACACUGCGAGAGUUUUUCCCUUUUCGAGAUCACUUGCACACAGCGGACGGAGUGAUUCUAUACAAAGAUCGAGUGGUCAUUCCACCAUCUCUUACACAUGAGGUUCUUGACUCGUUGCAUUCCGCGCACCAAGGUGUUACAGCGAUGACGGCUAGAGCAGAAUCCUCAGUCUUCUGGCCAGGAAUUACACCAGCCAUCAGCAAUCUACGUGCAACCUGUCAGCAUUGCAACCGUAUAGCUCCUUCCAACCCUAGCGCACCACCAACGCCAUUGACAGACCCAGAUUACCCAUUCCAGUGUGUGUGUGCCGAUUACUUUCACUAUAAGGGCUGUAACUACUUAUUGGUGGUCGAUAGAUACUCCAACUGGCCAAUAGUUGAGCAAGAACAUUGCGGAGCUGAUGGUUUGAUAGAAUGCCUUCGUCGUACGUUCGUCACUUUUGGCAUCCCUGAUGAAUUGGCCUCUGAUGCGGGACCUGAAUUUACAUCUACUGCCACCCGGAAGUUUCAAAAGAAUUGGGGUGUCCACCAUCGUCUCUCAUCAGUGGCUUUUCCUCAUAGCAACUGUCGUGCAGAGGUUGGGGUUAAAACUGUGAAACGCCUCUUAAUGGACAAUACAAAAGCAGAUGGGGGUCUUUCCAAAGGGCCAUACUUCAAUACAGAAACACACCAGAUAGAGACACUAAACACUCUCCAUCGUUGUGCGUUUUUGGUUGCCCUAUUCGUGAUUUUAUCCCCAUCCCACCUGGCCUAUAUCAACCCCAUGCUACUUGGCACGACACCUUAG